AUGGAGCAAGAGAAGAGUAAGAAGAAAGAUAAGAAGAAAUCGAUCGGCGAAAUGCAGUUGUCGACGAAGUGCCAGAUUGAGCCCUCCAACGUCGAGGUGAAGCUCGAGUGUAAGGACUGGCCUCUGCUGUUUAAGAAUUUCGACAAGAUGUUGACGCGCACGAAGCAUUUCACUCCGUUGACAAGUGGCUCUACUCCACUAAAUCGCAGCAUAUCAGAGUAUAUAAAGUCAGGUUGCAUCAAUUUGGACAAGCCGUGCAAUCCAUCGUCGCACGAGGUGGUGGCUUGGAUUAAGAAGAUCCUAAAAGUGGAAAAGACUGGUCACUCUGGCACGUUGGAUCCCAAGGUAUCAGGAUGCCUGAUUGUCUGCAUAGAUAAGGCCACGAGACUUGCAAAGUCACAACAGUCUGCUGGUAAGGAGUACAUUGCUGUGUUCAAGCUCCAUUCUGCCCCGGAAAGUAUCCAGAAGGUAAACCAAGCGUUGGAGAGAUUGCGCGGUGCUCUCUUCCAAAGGCCGCCGCUGAUAUCGGCGGUCAAGAGACAGCUCCGCGUUAGGACAGUAUACGACAGUUGGUUCCAUGAUUACGACCAGGAACGUAAUAUGGGAGUGUUCCGCGUCAGUUGCGAGGCUGGCUCCUAUAUCAGAACUAUGUGUGUCCAUCUCGGACUCUUCUUAGGUACUGGUUGUCACAUGCAAGAGCUUCGAAGAAGUCGUUCCGGCGUUCAGUCCGAAAACGAUGGAAUGGUUACCAUGCACGAUAUUCUCGAUGCCCAAUGGUUGUACGAAAAUCACGGAGACGAAUCGUAUCUAAGAAGAGUUAUAAAACCGUUAGAAGCGCUGCUAUUGAAUCAUAAGAGGAUCAUUAUAAAAGAUAGUGCUGUAAACGCUAUUUGUUACGGAGCAAAAAUAAUGUUACCAGGCGUCUUAAUGUACGACCAAGGGAUAGAGUUGAAUGAGGAAAUUGUAAUUGUGACUACUAAGGGCGAAGCUGUGGCGCUUGCUGUAGCUUUGAUGUCUUCUCCCACCAUGGCUGCAUGUGAUCAUGGGGUAGUCGCGAAACUGAAAAGGGUAAUCAUGGAAAGAGAUUCGUAUCCAAGGAAGUGGGGCUUGGGACCUAAAGCAUCGCAAAAGAAACGUAUGAUAAUAGAAGGGUCGUUAGAUAAACAUGGAAAACCAAAUGAAAACACGCCUGCCGAAUGGUUGCAUAGUUACACAGAUUAUACUACAUCAUCAACGGCAGCGGCAUCGACAGCGGCAUCGACAGCGACAUCGACAGCGGCAUCGACAGCGACAUCGACGACAUCAACAACGAUGGAAAAUAAUGGCGACGUACCCGUCAGUAAGAAGAGAAAAAGAGAAGAAGACGUGAGUGUAACGGACGUAGUGAAACAAGAAACGGUGGAAAAUUCGGAAACAUCACCGAAAGAUAAAAAGAAGGAAAAGAAAAAAAAGAAAAAGAAGGAGAAGCAUGAUACGGAAGGCGAAGAGUCCGUAGUAACAGAAGAAGUCAACAAGGAAUCUACGGGAAAGGAAGAAAAAAAGAAGAAAAAGAAAAAGAAAGACAAAGAUCAAGAACCUACAUCAAGUUAGAUGUUUAAUAAAAAGAAAAUUUUUAUGUUAAACUGUUACAUAAUAAAGUAUGUACAGUUAUUUUUUUAUUGAAGUAUACAGAAUGUUUCGAAAUUUGGGACUCAAAAUAUAUAGCAAAAAAGUUAAAAAUUUUUCGAAAAAUAAUUUGAUUUUUAUUUGAAUAAUUUUUGAAAUAUAAUUGCUUAAAAGUAGUCAGUUAAAUAUCAGAAAUUACGUUUAGAUGAUUGCCUGUCAUGUAAUUAUUAAUACUAUCGCUCGCUCGACUCACAGAUAUACAACUGCCUAAUUGUAAGAAUAGUUUAUGAUUAACCAGUUUUAAAUCCUAUUAAAAAAAAAAUUUACAAAUAGCUAUUUUACCUAAUUUUUGAAGAAUUUUUUUGCUAAUAUUUUGAAUUGUGGGAAUUUCAAGACAUUCUAUACAUUAACUUACAAGAAGAACCACAGAAGUAUGAAGUCGAAUUUUUCGAUACUAAUUUUUUUGGUAAUUUUUGAGGCCAAAAAUAUAUAUCGCGGCGUUUAUAAAUAAUUCGCAUAAAGAGAGGCGGUUUGUUUUUCUUCAAAGCUGCGCUUGGCACCGAGACGCGAUCGCGUCUCUUGAUGCAACUUUGUUUUCGAAUUAUGAAUUUUCGAAAAUUCGAAAAAAAAGAACGAUUGCUCCAUUUUUCCAUUCUAAUUUUGUUUAUAUUGUAAGAAUGUCACCUCAAAAUUGACUUCGAAAAAUUCGACUUCAAACUUUUAGAGUUUCCCUUGUCAGAUUAUAUUAAGAGAAUGUUUCAAUUUUAUAUACAGUGUGAUUCCUAAAUAAUCGUAAAAAAAUUAAUGAAAUAUUUCCUAGCUUAUUUUAUUCUAGAUUUUCGAAAUUUUCAUUUUUCUUUUCUCCACUUUAAUACCUUGUAUUUUGAAAACAAAACUCUUUGAGACAUAUUUAUAGGAUUGUUUCUUCAUAAAAUAAACCAAGAAAUAUUUUUUUAAAUUUUUUACACUUAGGAAUCAUUUGUAUAUUGUACAAUAAUUUCUCGAUUUCAAAGCUUGAAUUUCGAGAAUAUAAAGAAAUACAAGAUAUCCGCCAGAUUCUUCUACAUAUUUCCUGAUGUUUCUCUUAUAUUUUACGUUUUUCAAAUGUAGAAUUUUAAAGUAAUAGUUUAGUUUGUAUUCCAAGUAAGAUUAAGUUGUGAAAGAAUUUACUGUAUAUAUAUAUUUUUUUCAGAAGCACGAGAAUCAUGUACAUUUAUCUCGUUAAUGCAUUUUUUAUACUUCCUCCGCAAUAUAUAAAUCAUAUAAAUAUGAUGUAAAUUAUAAACUGUAAUCGCAGAUGUCUUAAAAUCAAUAAUUCAUUAAUAUUUUAUA